CGGAACACUGUAUGCAAUGGAUGUUGAAUUCACGUUUCCUUCUCAUAAAAGUUUUUCCAGUUUCCCGUAAUCUCUUAGUACGAAGAAAAUACCAUUGAAAUAAGUUGCUCUCAGGCUUCUCUCUGAUACAAAUUCGCGAAAAAUGGCAGAAUUUGUGGAAAAACGAUGUCAGGAUAUGAUACCUCAGUUGGAGCAAAUGAAAAGGAUCAAACUUUUUGAUAAAAAUGAAAUUCGGAACAUUUCUAAGAAACUCAAAGAACAUGAAUAUAAGAUUCAACGACAAACAAAGUGUAAGGAGGAUUAUCUCCGUUAUAUACAAUAUGAAAUGGAUCUUUUAAAGUUGAUUAAACAACGUAGAGAUAAAUAUGGUAUUAACCAAAAUAAGUCAGACAUUGAAUUUGCUAUAACUGCUAAAAUGAAUAAGUUGUACGAAGAUGCAAUAUGUAAUUUUCAAGAUGAUAUUAGAUUUUGGAUUGCUUAUGUGAAAUUUUGUAAGCAUAUACAUUCUUACAGUAAUAUCAGCAAAAUAUUAAAUAAAAUGUUGCAAGUGAACAGAGAUAAGCCAAAGUGCUGGCACAUAGUGGCACAUUGGGAAUUGGAAGAAAACAAAAAUAAACAAAGUGCUCGGCAAUAUCUUCUUAGAGGCUUAGAAAUUCAUCCUGAUUCUCAAUUGUUGUACAUUGAUAUUUUUAAAUUAGAACUAGAGAAUCGUUUAACUGUAGCUCCUAAUAACAGUGAAAACAAUGAGAGUAAAGAAGAUAAUUUGGCAAUGGAGAAUGACGAGAUACCAUUCUCACUAAGAACAGCAUACAUUGUAUAUCAACAAGCUUUCGAGUGUAUCAAGAAUGUUAAAUUUAUAAUAGAGUUGCUUAACAUUGCAAAGGAAUAUAAUGACACAGAGAAAUUGCAAAAGAAAAUUAUUAGUGAUAUGAUUCGAGAAUAUACUCUUGAACCUUUAAUGUGGGAUACAAUGGCACGUCGUGAAUUGCAAGGUCUUAACGAUAUACCAAUGGAAAUCGAGAAUUCCGAACAGACUUCCCUGAGAGAUCGCAUUACGUCCUGUACCAAGGUUUAUCAAACCGCUGUAAAGAAAAUUAAAAAUGAAGAAAUGUGGUCAUUAUACAUAGAAUGUUUACUGGAGAUCAAUCAUGACUUGCAAUCGUUAAGAAAUUUCAAGAGGAAACUCUUGAAAACUGCUUUGAUGCAGGCUCAUCAGGCAAAAAAGCUGAACGAAAAAUAUUAUUUACAUUGGAUCGAUAUGUUGAACGUCGACAAAGAACGCGAUGAGAAUGCUCGAAAAAAAUUUUUCGAAGUGUUGUGCGAAGCAACUGAUAUUAUACCAAAUAGCGUUAAUCUUUGGCACGCGCGAAUCAGUCAUUUGUUGCAAUCUGGUCAGGAGAAAGAGGUGGAUGCUAUAUUUCCCAAGAUGACGCAAAUUUUGGAAGAACAAGCAUUACCUCUGUGGAAAAUGCGGAUUUUACACAGUCAAAUAAGAAGCUCAAAGGAAGCUGAAGAGAAUUUCCGAGCGGCUUUAGAGGUGCAUCCAUUAAUCGCCAAUGGUAUCAGGCCCAUAUGGCUGGAAUGGCUUGUCUUAACGAAAGGUAUCCGUGCAGCUCGCGAAGAAUACAAGAAGCUUGUCCUGCAACCUCCCAACUCAUUGGAAUUUCAUAUGAAAAUGAUCGCGCUGGAAUACUUACAGCCGGAAAUUUCGCUAAAACACAUGCGGUAUGUUUACGAUGUGAUGACGCACCAAUUCGGAGCAGAAAACAUGUCUAUCUGGAUAGAUUAUUGUAGCUUCGAGAUGAAGCAUGGAGAUCCGAAGAAACCCGGCGAAAUAUAUAAGAGAGCAAUCAACGUGUUGAAUCGCAAUUUAAUAGAGACCUUUAUGGAAGAUUAUGGUAUACUUUUAACUAAAUUCCCAGCAAAGUGAUAGAAUGUUAGCGCGUGUUAUAAAUAUACCAUGCAUGUAUAACACAUACUCGUACUGAUUAUUUGUUAAUUAAUAAUUUGAUAUCAAGUUCAUGUCAUAUCAUCUAAUCAAAUGUUUAAUAUACCGGCCUUACAUCAUGAUAAAAGUCUUUUCAUUUGAUAUAACAUUUUAUAUAUUACUUUUCUCCUUCUGAUUUCUUUGUAUCUGUUGAAAUAGAAUGUACAAACAAAACACAAUUUAUUGUAUAUUAUCUAUUUUGUAGAGUAAAAAAUAUGUUCUUAUAAAUAAAGAGAUAAGUUGUCCAAGAUACAAUAAUUGUCCUGCAACACGUAUUGAUUGGCUAUCAAAAAAAUAUGUAGAAAUUUGGUAGGGAUUUUGUAUACUUCCAAAACGAUA